AUGCUCAAGUAACACAAUUUUGCUAGAAUAGAUUUAUUAUAAGAGUUAUCAUUAUAUAAUAAAUUAAUUAGAUUUCCUGAGUCAUAAUCAUAUUUUGAAUAAACUUAAUAAUAUCCUACUCAUUAUGAGUAGUCAAGACAACCAGUACUUAAAGAAACACAUUAACCUACAAACUUAUGA